CGGUCACACUGGCUGUCAUCGUUUUUGCCUGCUCGUUUUGCGGAGUGUUUUUUUCCCCGAGACAAGCGAACUGGACUGGGAAACAGCAGCAGCAGCCGUUUAAAUAUCAUUCCCCAUUUCGAGCUAAAUACGUCGUUAAGCCAACAAGGAAGAACACAACGGCGCACCAUGCCUUCGGCUGCUAAUACCGCUUCUGCUACCACUACCGCUACCGCUGCAACUGCCACCAACAACAACAGCGGCGCUAGCAAGGAGAAGCGCUCCUCAAUCAGUUCGCUGGGCGGAUCGGGAGUUGCGGGAGCCGCUACCAAUGGCCAGAACAACAACAGCGGCAGCAUCGGCGGCAAUUUAAAUGCGACGGAGGGCAGCCAAACGGAUCUGGCCAACAGCAGCAACAACAAUGCGAGCAAUGGAAACGCUGCCAAAUCGAAGGCAACCGCUCCGGAACCGUAUAAUCCGCUCAAGCAGCUGCUGGUCACCAUUGAGCACAAGAUCCGAAAUCUGGAGAAGCGCAAGACCAAAUUGGAGUCCUAUCGCGCCAUACAGAGCAGCGGCAAGGAACUGAGUGGCGACCAGGCUUCGGCCGUGGCCAAAUACGACGCGGUUUUGGCCAAUCUGGAGUUUGCCCGCGAGCUGGCCAAGCAUAUUCAGCAGCAGUCCAAGGAGGCCGAAAAGGAGCAGAAGAAGCAGGCGCGAAAGGACAACCUGGCAAAGACGAUUGCUGAGACGACCAAGAUUCGCGAAGUUCUGAUUAUCCAGAACGUGAUCAACUGCUUUAACGACGAACAAGUUCGCAACGAUUUCCUGGCCGGUGAGAACGGAGCGACAAAGUUGGACAGCAGCGAUCUGGAUGUGCUGGAGAAGUUCUGCGUGGAGUCGCAAACCCGACGCCCGGAAACCGCCGACGAUGUAAGCUUCAUUACCACUGCCCAAAAGUCUGCUGAACUGUUUUCUUCGACCAUCAAUGCGCGUCCCAAAUCUUUUGGCGAGAUGACCUUCGAGAAAGUGCGAGCUCUCUUCCAGCAGAUCCAGGACUGCGGCUACUUGGACAAGUACUACCUGGUGCCUCUGGCCGAGAACGCGGUGGCCAACAGCACGGAUAGUGGAACCGGUAGCGGCGAUGGCGAGGGCGGUGACUUGUUGAUCGAUGGCUCUGGCGAACUGGACACGGAACUGCCUUCGGAGCCGUCGGCUCGCAAUUCGUUGGAGGAGGGACUGGACAAGCUGCAUCUGGGAGUGCAAACGGAACUGGAGCAGCAUCCACAGCACCAGCAACACCAGGAGCGUCCGGGUCAUCAUCUGUUGGAGCAGCAGCACCAGCGAGCUCCUUCUUUGGAACAUCAGCAGCAACCAACCUUGGUGGUGCAGCAACAACAACAGCAGCAGCCGCCGCAGCCAAUACCGCAGGUUUACCAGGCAGCACCUCCUGCUGGAGGAACCACCACGCCAGUGCAUGUUCUGUACGCUCCAGCGCCGCCUCCCCAGCAGCAGCAGCCCCAACAGCCGCCGCCGCAUCCUCACCAGCUGUUGAGCAGCCCCGUGAGUCUCCAGGCCUUGCAGUCGGGAGCCGCAGCUCCACCACCGCAACAACAGCAGCAGCCGCAUCCAACUCACUUCGCUCCAAAUGUGCGGGCCGUAGAGCAGAAUUACUUCAAACAGCCGCCGCCGCAUCCGCAGGCUCCUGGACUGCAGGGACCACCAACGCCACAGCAGCAGCAAUUUAUGCAGCAGUUGCGUCCUUUGGCGGAGGUAUUGGGCACAGGAAGCUUCCACUUUCUGCAGGACAGUGAACUGGACAAUCCUGAGGCCUUGGCCCCACCGCCUCCGACCAAUCAAGGAUUGGUGUUUGAGCAACAGCCGCAGCAGCCUAACCAUGUCGAAGAACCACCGCAGGCCAUACAAACGCUGACCUUCACCAAUCAAUCGUUCCCAUCGCAGCAGCCCAAACCGCAACAGCAGGCUCCUCCCCAGCAGCAGCUGUUCUCCCCAGUUCUGAUCCACGAACAACGCCAGCAGCAACCGCAGCAGCAGCCGCAACCCAUGCUUAUUAUGCCGCGCCUGCCAACCCAACAGCCUCAGCAGCCAGCUCCUCAGGGAAUCGGCAUGCAGCCAGGCGAUGUGACCUCAGUUUUUCCGUACGAAGCUGCUGUGGUUACCUAUGAACAGCAGAUCCAGCAGCAGCUGAAGCAGCAACAACAGCAGCAGCAACAACAACAACAACAACAGCAGCAGCAACAGCAGUUGGAAGAGCCCUCACCUGUGAACACCUCUUCCAGUGCAGGUGCUGGUGGCGAUGUGGAGAAUAAUGAAUGGCAUGCCCGUACUAACGAUACGAAUGCUGCAGCCACAGCUGCGCUUACGAAUGUGCUUAAGGGCGAGGCCACGCCGCCGGCACCGCCCACCAAGUGGAGCUCGGAGAUGAAUGCCAUGAGCAGUGCCGCCUCGAAUGGCAGCAGCAACACGAGUCACAAGCAGGAGUGGGCCACACCCAGGGACCACAGCGCUGGCGGUGGCAAUGGAGGUUAUGCGGACAACGAUGGCAACAACCACUGGAACAGCUCACAAGGGGAGGGACGUCGCAACUCCGGCAAUUAUCAGCGACGUGGUGGAGAUCGGGAUAACCGGGACCGUGAUCAAGGCGGGCGAGGCGAUGAGCGACGCAAUGGCGGCGACAGAGGCAACUACCGGUCGCGUCAGUACGGCAACUCAUCGAACCCGAAUGCACGCAAUUCGGGCAACAGCGGCGUGUACUUCCGCAACAAUGAGUCCGGAAACGGUGGAGGCAACAGCUACUACCAGAAUGGAGGAGGCGGCGGUGGCACUUACAACAAGGAGUCGCGCUAUGAGUCGUCCGGCGGCGGCGGAGGAAGCUAUCGGGGCCAGCGCGGUGGUAACCAGCAGAGAAAUGUUAAUGGUUCGUACGGAGGCGGCAGGCCCAUGGGCGAUCGUGGGCGUGGCGGAGCGGGCAACCAGGGAGGCGGUGGUGGCUACAUAAACCGCCAGAACCAGUCGCAGCGCAUGCCUCUUGGAUUGGAGAAUAAAAACUGAGCAAACAAUACGUAUUAACCGCAAAACAAAAAACAUACAAUUCAUGCAAACCAUACACACAGAAAACCCAUAAAGAAAAAAGGAAACCAAUCAUCCACAUACAAGUAAUGGCCACGUAGACGUACAAUUAUCGUUACGUAAAAAACUCUCAACCAGAAGAAAUGGAAAUCUAUCAAAAGAAUCCUUUAUAACGCAACUAGGGAAACGAAAAUGAGGCAGCAGCAAAAACAAAUUCGCGCGCAUUUUUGAAUACAAUUUAUAAUUAUUUCCCUUGAUUUUGGUUUAUUUGAUAAUGUAUUAAUAAUAAAACAAAAUAGUUGUUAGAAACAAAAAGGAGUUACAACUAUAUACAGGAAAGUAAACGCUCUAAGGGUUUCUAAAACUCCCAGGCAGGACAUGACUUCGGCAAAAGAAAACCAACGAAAGAUGGGCAAAACAACAAAACUCGGAUCAGCCAAUCCUCGCCCGACUUUACUAUAUCCCUGUUUGGCUGCGUUAAUAACAACACAGAUGUCGAGAAAAAGAAAAUAAAAAGUAUUUAUACGUCUUAGCAAUUAAAUAACGAUUCUGAAAUAUACAAAUUAAUUACUAUUACCUAUAUAUAUAAACGAAGGAUAAAUAUAUUUAUAGUUUGUGCUCUUACUGUCUUGCUCUAUCCCAUUUCAACACCUUUUUUUUGUUUUGCCAAACUUUUACACACAAACAAAGAAAACUAAAAUACAAGACCACAUAAAAAAAUAAUAGUUGUAAUUAAUACUGCGUGAAUGAAGAAGCGUGCACACUAACAGUGCAUUAUAAAUGAAAUGAAAAUUAUGUAUUUGCAAAAUAGUACAUACAUUAAACAAAAGUAUAUAAACCA